AUGUCAACGGGUAAUAGCUACGACCAGCAUAAUGUAAAUGGCGCUGGGAAACCCGUGAAGGAUUCCAAGGUAGCGAAGACGAGUCCCACGAUUCGUCUGAACACAGUCACGCUCAAGAAAGCCAUGAGGGCGGAGCGCGCCAUACAAGCGAUGGCUGCUUCGUCGCCAAAUGAAUCGAACGGCAGUAAGGCUCAUGUCAAGAGGCGGGUUCGUGACUCUCUUGGGCGUCGAUGGGACUCAAAAAAGAAAGACAUGGAAGCCAAAACAUCCUCAAUGAGGCUUCCUCCAAGGACACUUCCCGAAGAAGUCCAGUGCGAUCUCCCCGUCACCUCGGAGACCCCAUCGUUGAGACAGCGUCUCCAUCUCAUACCCAGGCAGGACCUCGAGGAAUGCGGAAGCGACGUGUUGGAAGACCCUGGCGAAAAUGACUCUGGCAUUGAUUCUGGCCCUCCAAAGCCAUCGCUCGCAUGUCCAUUUUACAAGCACAAUAGUAUGCACCAUAUGGGCUGCGCGCGCCUACGGCUCACUCGUAUUCGCGACGUGAAGCAGCACCUCAGCCGUCGUCAUCGGAGACCGCUGCAUUGCCCUGUUUGCGGCGAAACAUUUCAGGAAUCGAAGCACUGCGAGAGUCAUAUCCGGGCCAGGAAUUGCCAAAAGCCGCCAGGAGGAUUUGUCUUCGAGGGAGUCAGCGAGUCCCAAAGUAUCGCACUGGCUCGCCGCGUGAACCGCAGCCUCAAAGAGCAUGAGCAAUGGUAUACCAUUUGGGAAAUCCUCUUUCCCGAAUCCCACAAACCAGAGUCACCUUACUUGUCAACCGCGUUCGAAGAGACUUUUACCAUGGUCAACGAGUACUGGAAACACCAAGGGAUGGACUUUCUGGACCGUCAUAUCCCUUCAUCUUCGAUAUGUACAGUCAGUGGUAAUGAUCUCAGAUCCAUGGUGUUGGAGGCUGUGGAAACUGUUCUCGCCCAGUUUUUGGACUGCAGUCGAUCCAAUAUCAACCAAGAUGGAAACCCGACUUCAAGUGGCGAUCCAGUCCCUGCUGCUACGAGAGAGAUUGAGGAUACUUUAGCCUCAAGAGCCUAUUCUCUACCGACACAAUACAAGUCACCAUGGAUGUCAACCAGUGACUUGGUCAUUCAUAAUCUGCACAGCUUGUCUCAAUCCCACCCCGGUUUCGGGAGCACUGGCUCGUACAGCGUUGCAGCCAACACGAAUACGACGAACGCUGCUGUUCUCAAUACGGAACCGUCUCCUCUCACUAUCUGUUCAUGUUCCACUCCAGAGGAUAGCGGGCUUUCCCAAAUUGUUGGUGAGAUGGAGUGGGAGCAGCGGACGGAUAUGGCUAGCUGUGCAGACCCGACAACUUUCGAUCAACACAGAGCGGUCUACGAGAUGGCAGAGCAAGGGGACUUCGGGAGGGGGGAGCUGAAAGGCCAUCACUUAGAUGAUGCCCAUGCCUUCUACCUGGGAGAAGGCUAUGCCGAUGUCCAGUGGGAGAUGAAGGCCCUCAACGCUCUAGCUGCUGAUCCUCCUCAAUACGACCUGUUGGGAAGGUUGUUUCAGCGAGCAGUUACCGGACCAGUGCCCAUCUCCCCAGAGACAGUCGCCAGAAUCCAAAAGACAGUGCAGAGUCGACAUGGCUCACUCCAACUCAAUGACGGCUGCUAUCUGGGGCCUCAGGCGCAAAGUCAAGCCCUUGAUCAACAGAUCCACGCCCCAGGCUUCGAAUUCGGAAGCUAUGUUCCUGAUGUCGACGAUCUGCAAAUGUCAAAUGAAACUCUCAAUUUCGAUUUAAAUAUGAACGUUGGGAGUGAAGACGGUCGUGUUUCCGGUGAUCGUAUGCCUAUGGGCGUGGAUUGGAACUCGAAAGACGUGCCCGUCAGCCUUCCUGGAGCGGGCUCCUUCUGGGAAAAUAACACAUCUAAUUUCUUUCCGACGCACUCUCCUUCUCAGACACUAGCCACGGAUCUGCAGCAAUCCCACAUCUCUCCAAGUAUGAGAAGCUCAAAAGCGAGCAAGGUUUCCGCUGGAAGCAACCCAACUCACGAGAUCAGACAAUGUUGA